GACAGAUUUUUUUCUGUUUAUUUUGUGUAGUUCCAUUUAAGCUCUAUGUGAAAGAAUAAACAAAAAGAAACUGAAAAUAAAGUAUUUUAUAAAUUAUGGCGUUUAAAUUGUUGAUUUAUUGUUAGUAACUAAAUUCCUUAAGCUAGAACACAAAUUAAAUGUGGUAUUAGACACAAUAUUAAUACAAUUUUGACUGCAAAAUGGAUAUCUCAAAGUCCAUUGAGCAAACGUGUGAAGAGGAUUUUGGAAUGACAAAGAUUGAUGAUGAACCCUUGGUAGGCACUUGCUUGGACGAUAAUAAUGAAGCCAAUCAAAUAAAUAAGGACACAACUAAUGACCUAAACCCAACAACUGAACCAGAAAAACAACAAGAACAACACAUCGAUGCUUCAGAAAAAGUUGAAGGUGAAAACAUUAUUUCGAAGAAUUUGGAAGAUGGACAUCAUGAAAAUGUUGAAGAAAGAAUUAAGAUCGAUCCACCGGCAAAAACUGAUAAGGAUUCUACUCCUCCUAUUGAUGAUUCUAGCCAAGUAACGUCGGCCAAGCAAAGCAACGGGGCUCCUCCAACCAAUAACAAGCGCAAGUCAGACUAUCAAAUCGAAAGUAAUAUUGACGAAAAAAAGGUUCAUAACAUGCGUAAAAACAUCCGGGGUGUUAUUAAUGAAAAUAAUUUUGACACCAUUACAAUAAAUGCCCAGCGAGAGGAAUCUGAACGUUUAGCUAGAGUCCAGGGGCUUAAGAAACUUGUUAAACAAAAAUACCUUCAUUCUGCUCUCGAAUCUAUGGUCGAAGGAGUACAUGAAGUUAAAGAUGACGAUUUCUUGGCUUCAUGCGAACCCAUUGAACCGCAACCGCAACAAAUCAAAAGAACAAGUAUUGAGAUGAAGGAUAAAUUCCAAAGACUGGAAGAGAAAAAGUCUGAUAAAUUAUUGUGGAACCAAUGGUUAUCCGCAGAGUCCAAAGAUCCGCCAUCGGAUAAAAAGGAGGAAGUUGUUACAAUCGAUAGUUCUUCGGAUGAUGACGAUUGUAUCAUUCUCUCUGAUAGCGAUGACUGCUUGGAUGACGAGGCAGAAGAUCAUCAUAAUAGUGGGCUUCAUGUAAGGGAUGUCUUGAACAUACCAAACGAACAUGGAAAAGUUAUGGUCAAUGUUGGACAUGUCGAAAGUGAACCGGACAUAUUUUUAGCUCCUCAGAUAGCAAAAAUAAUUAAGCCCCAUCAAAUCGGUGGGGUUAGGUUUUUGUUCGACAACAUAAUCGAAUCGACUAAGAGGUUUAACAACUCCUCUGGAUUCGGGUGCAUUCUCGCUCAUUCUAUGGGACUAGGGAAGACACUGCAAGUUGUAAGCUUUUCUGACAUCUUUCUAAGACACACCGAUUCGAAGACUAUUCUUUGCGUUAUGCCCAUCAAUACGAUUCAAAAUUGGGUAAAGGAAUAUAAUUUAUGGAUUCCUGAGGAAUCAUCAUGUCACGAAACAGUUAGACCGCGGAACUUUAAAGUUUUUGCUCUGAAUGACCAACACAAAACCAUGAGUUCAAGAUCUAAGGUCAUUGCCCGCUGGAAUUCCGAAGGUGGGGUUCUUCUCAUAGGCUAUGAACUCUUUCGUGUCUUGGGGCUUAAAAUAAUCAAAAGGAAAGAUGGAAAAAAGUCUCUGGAGAAUUCGGAGCACAAGAGGCUUUUGGACAACAUGCACUCGGCUCUGGUAAAGCCUGGUCCAGAUCUGGUUAUUUGUGACGAAGGUCAUAGGAUUAAGAACGCACAUGCUGGAAUAUCAAUCGCCUUGAAACAAAUUCGUACUCGAAGGCGAAUUGUUUUGACAGGAUAUCCACUUCAAAACAAUCUUUUGGAGUAUUGGUGUAUGGUGGAUUUUGUGAGGCCCAAUUAUCUGGGUUCCAAAACAGAAUUUUGCAACAUGUUCGAACGUCCGAUACAAAAUGGCCAAUGCAUUGAUUCCACUCCAGAAGAUAUAAAGCUUAUGAGAUACAGGGCUCACGUCUUACACUCUUUGUUGGUUGGAUUUGUUCAAAGAAGAUCCGAUUCUGUGCUACAGAGCUCACUCCCUCAGAAAUUAGAAUAUGUCAUUUUAACGAAGAUGACCAAGUUUCAGAGGCAGCUGUAUGAUGCCUUUAUGAAUGAAGUCGUUCGCAAGAAAAAAGUCCCAAAUCCACUUAAAGCGUUUGCAGUAUGUUGCAAAAUAUGGAAUCAUCCGGAUGUACUUUAUAAUUUCUUGAAAAAGAGGGAGUCCGAUUUAGAUUUGGACAUUGAAGAACAAGAAACGGCUGUAAAGUCUACAACAGCUGGAAAGCCUAAGGUUGUUACUGCAAUCAAUGCAAAUGAAUUUGGCCCAUCCAAUGUAUUUGGAAACGAAGCAUUCACUCCGACAACAAUGGGUUUCCCAGAAAAUUCGGACAAUACGCAUAAUAAUACGAGUAAUCUUUGGCCAGAGAGUGAUACGAGUCAUGUUAAUGCUCAACAACAACCUAAGCUGAUUGGUAUGCUUAAAAAACCUCAGCUUUUGGCUGAUAGUUUGAAGUGUUCAUCGGAAAUCGUUGAUUUGGAUACCAAAGAAGUUCAGUUUGUGAAAUCCGAUUUAAAUGCGGAUUUGGAAGUUGGACAAAGUUCGAGUUUUGAGCAAAACAAAACAAACGUUAAUAACCAACCAAGAAAUAACAUAACCAAUCCAAGUAUUAUCAAACCUGUUAAAAUUGAAACGAAAUCUAACAACGAUACCAUAUCCUAUGAUUGGGCGAUUUCUCUUAUAAAAGACUAUGAACCAGGAAUUGUUAGCACGUCUCCAAAAAUGCAGAUAUUUUUGUAUAUUUUGGAAGAAAGUAUCAAACUCGGUGAUAGGGUUUUGGUGUUCAGUCAGAGUUUAUUGACUUUGAACCUAAUGGAGUUUUUCCUGCAAGCCCUUACUAUUCCAGAAACAGAUAAACAUUGGAAGAAGAAUGUCUCAUAUUUCCGUCUUGAUGGUUCUACGAGUUCUUUAGAAAGGGAGAAACUUGUAAAUGAAUUCAACAGCAAUACAGAUGUUAAACUAUUUUUGAUUUCAACAAGAGCUGGUUCUUUGGGAAUAAAUUUGACUGGGGCUAAUCGCGUUGUUGUAUUUGAUGCGAGUUGGAAUCCAUGCCAUGAUACUCAAGCUGUUCAUAGAAUUUACAGGUACGGCCAGGGAAAAUCAUGUUUUGUCUACCGUAUCGUAAUGGACAAUUGCCUGGAAAAGAAUAUUUACGACAGGCAAGUUAAAAAACAAGGAAUGUCAGACAGAGUUGUCGAUGAAUGUAAUCCCGAUGCUCAUUUAUCAAUAAGAGAAUUAACAAAUUUGUGCUAUGAUAAAGAAGAAGAAAACGAAAGCACUGAAUUUAAACAACCUAUUGAAAACUAUUCCGAUGAGGUUAUGCGUAGUAUGUUAACCAAGUAUAAAUCCAUUCUUUCUAAAGAACCAUUUUACCAUGAAAGUUUGUUGAUUGAUCGCAAAGAAAAAAAACUUUCUCAGACUGAAAAGAAAUUGGCCAAACGUGGCUAUGAAAUAGAGAAAAAAGCUUCAUCGAAAUCGCAUCACUUUAUACAAAAUAUUCAUAAUGUUCACAAUGUUGUUCAAAACAGGGACUGUAUGAUAAAUAAAGUCAAUUCGCAGAUUUUCAAAAAUAAAAUAAAUCAACCAUUUAAGAACUCAAACAUGAAGUUAACCCGAUGGAUUCCAGCAGAAGUUUGGCAACGGCAAGGAAUGUCCUCACAGGAAAUGAAGCUCCCAAUAGAUGUUGCAAUACCAACUAAUUCGAAUGACUCGUCAAACAUUGUGGUUAAGGCGGGAGAAAAGGUGAUGGUUCUGAAUUCUCCCAAGGGUGUUUACAUGCAAUUGGAAAGUGGUAAAAUUAUUGCUAUUAAAACUUCAGCUGAAGCAGCUAAAGAUAAAAUGCAACAAGCGAAAAAAUUUACUAGUACGCAAUUAAUUGAGAAAAAAUGUUUACCAACAUUGGAUGCGUUGUCUUUUAAGGAAGAUAAUAGCCGGGCUGCAACCGAUCAGGCGAGUGAGGAUUCGGAGAAUGAUGAUUGUAUUGUGAUAAAUGAUAACAUAAAUGAUAGUUCUGAAAAUUCAUUUGAUUUGUCUUAUACCAGUCCGAAAAAUCGAGUCAAAACAGCGCCAGUUAAACAACAUGUAGUACCACACACUUUUCCGAACAAUAACCCUCUAGUUCUUAAGGAUACUCGUAAAAUUAAACCAACCCCAAUUAUACCAAAUCAUGGAUUUCGAAAGGAUAAAACAGACACAAUAACACAAAAGCAUUCAUUCCUUCAAAAUGAAUCUGAACCAAUAACACAAGGUUCUCAACACGGUCCUCAACAAGGUCCUCAACACGGUCCUCAACAAGGUCCUCAACAAGGGCCUCAACAAGGGUCUCAACAAGGUCCUCAACAAGGUCCCCAACAAGGUCAUCAAAAAAGUCCUCAACAAGGUUCUCACCAAGGUUCUCAACAUUGUCACGAAAAGCUAAACUCGGAAAUAACAAAACAUCAGUUUCAUCAAAAUAAACCUGACAUGACACCACAAAAUCAUCAGUAUCGACAAGAAAACACGGAACAUUUAAUACAAAACCAUGCAAUGUGUCAAGAUAAACCUGCAGAUCCAUCAAUACAAAACCAACAUCAAAGCCACCAACAAAACCAACAUGAUUUUGAACCAAAGUCUAAGUUAGAACAGCCAACUCCAUCCAACUAUGUUCAUAAACAACGUAAUUAUCUAUAUGGAAAUGCAUCAAACAACUCAAAUUAUGACAUGCUACCCGCACAUAACCUAGAAAACCAACAUUACCCACCGCUCACCACUCCUCAACGAUGGGAAAACAAGUCUCCAGAUUUAUACAAGCAAGCAUUUAAAAUAAGCAAUAUUCCUGCUCCAUAUCCAUCAACUGCAGUUUGUGAUUUAAGUGGUUUCGAAAAAAACGAUAAGCCUCAACAAUCUAUAAACGAAAGCGUUAACGUUGAACAAUACAAUCAACCUCCACCGUAUGUCCCAACCUGCAAAGAUGCUGAAGAUUCCUCUUAUCAUCACCAUUUAAACUAUAACUUAAAUUACCAACAUAACAAUCCACAUCCAGCAGUAGCGCCCCCGCCACCUGAAGACAAUGGAUCUCUUACUACGCUGUAUAACUUUAAUAAUAAAAACGAAAAUACUUACAGUGAAAAUUUGUAUGACAAUUCCGAUUCGUCCCAUUCGAAUUAUCAUCAGCAAAUUUCGAAAUAUUCGUAUGGUUAUUACCAGCCCCCAUAUCUUCCAAACUAUGCUAGUAGCAGUAGUGGUAAUAAGGCUUAUGCUAAUAAUACAUUUCAAUCUGUUUCAAGUCAGUACUACAUGCGUAGGCCGUCUACAUUUUCCACAAGUUCCACAAAUGGAGUUGAUGUCGGAUUCAACUACGCCGAACCUCAAGGCUGGAUGAAGAAGCAUCUUCCCGAAUAGUUUAAUAUCUUCUAAUUAAGUUAAAUAAAAAUACAAUAGCAAUGUAUAGUUAAUAUUAUUAUAUAAAUUAUUAUAGUUUUUUUUUAAUUUGAUAAAAUAAUUGUAGAAUUCAAUUAUUAAUUAAAUCGAUUUCCUUUUAUUGAUUCGCAUACAUAAGUAUAUGUAUAUUAGAGUGGCUUUUAUAUUGAAAACGUUUGAAUUUCUUUUGUGACUCCUACACACUUGAAGUGAUCAAGAUAAUUAAAAAAAUCAAUGCUAAAUUUUUUUAAAUCGGUUAAAGUUAACACAUACUUUAAUGCAAUUUUCAGUACUUAUAACUAAAAACCUAAGUAAAAUGUGAAGUUUUAUAUAAUAUCUUAGAACUUGGCAUAUAUAUGUUUUGUAAACAAUACAUACAUGCAUAUGUAUGUGAUAUUGUAACCUUUGAUUUGCUUACAAUAACUUUUAUGGAGUAUUAAAGUUUUAUUUAAUUUAACAAAACAAAUAAAGUGUUUGGUUCGUUUUAAAAUUAAUGUUUUGGAAUUAAAUUUUGUAAAUACUUUCUCUAUAGUGCCUUGAUGGCUUUAGAGGUGGGAGCAAAAUUAAUUCAAACAUUUCAAACAUAAAAAUGUAUAUUAUACAAAAUAUACAACUUCCAUAUGCUGAAGUGACUUCUUAGGAAUAAAUUUAUUAAGUAUAUGGAACAGACCAGGCGCAAAAACCGACUUUUUAUAAAGAACACAAAUUUUAAACGAAUGCAUAUUAUUUUUUUUGUUUGCAAAAGAACUAAUGUUAGUACAAUAAUACAUUACGAUCAUUCAAUUUUUGCACUCGCUUCUUAAUUUAUUAUAUAAAGUUGUCAUUAACAAUUAUCAUAUUUUUGAUUUUUUAAUAAGCGGGCAGUGCAUUAUUUAUUUGCGUUAAAAAGAAUAAGUCUGUUGCUUUUUUUUCUCAGAGCAACUAUUUUUUGGAAGCGUCCAUUAACUGUUUUAUAAAUUAAUUUCAAAUAUUUUUUUCUAAAGUGGUUGGUCUCUCAUUUAAAAUAAAAUUUGUUUUUUUGCAUUACUAAAAAAAAAAGAUUAAAUAGCAAUUAUUCCGCACAAUAAUAAUCAAUAAGUCUUAAAUCUAAACAACAGGAAAUUUCUUUUUUCUUAAACUUCCACCACGUAUUAAAUCAUUAGCAUGUCAAAAAAAAGUUAAAAGUACGUUUUCAUAACUGGCCUUAAAAUAUCCGAGACAAAUAUCUUCCGAAAAUUUUAUUUUUCCAAGACAAAAAUAGUAUUUUUGUGUUCCUUACAUUUUCGCAUUAUUGAAAACAGUUUUGUAAUGAUUAAUGUUUUUAAUUAAAAGUCUAAAUUUCAAUAGAAGCGCCCACUUUUCAGAAGAUUUGUAUAGUAUUAAUAUACUCUAUCGAUAUUUCAAAUCCAACCAUACAAAAUACACUUUUGUCUUUUUUAAAGCUCUCGAAUACAGAUAUAUAAGGAAGAAAAACACGGAAAGCUAAUUUAUUAUUUAAAUAGGGCGUGUUCAUAGUGAUUUUUAACUUACUGCAUACAUAUAUUUUACACAAAAAUGUAUUAUUUUUUAUUUUUGUAUGCCAAUAUUUUGAAGCACAAUAAA